AUCAGAUAAAAAUUUUCUAUUCGUUAAUUUUUUUUAAUUCCACUUGAUAUCAAUCCGCUAAAUUGAUUUUUAGAUAAACCGUUGCAAAAUUUAUCAAAUUUAUAUCAUAAAUAUAAAUUAAUUUAUUUAUCAUCUUAAAUCUUGAAAAAAGAUAAUAUUUUAAAAUGAGAGAAAUUGUUCAUAUACAAGCUGGGCAAUGCGGAAAUCAAAUAGGGGCCAAAUUUUGGGAAGUUAUAUCUGACGAACAUGGUAUAGAUCCAACCGGUCAAUAUGUGGGUGAUUCACCAUUACAAUUGGAAAGAAUUAAUGUAUAUUAUAACGAAGCUGCAGCCCAGAAAUAUGUUCCAAGAGCUGUGUUGGUUGAUUUAGAACCAGGAACUAUGGAUUCAGUUAGAUCUGGACCAUUUGGUAGAAUAUUUAGACCUGAUAACUUUGUUUUCGGAUCAUCUGGAGCUGGAAAUAAUUGGGCUAAGGGUCAUUAUACUGAAGGUGCAGAACUUGUUGAUCAAGUAUUAGAUGUUGUUAGGAAAGAGGCUGAGAAUUGUGAUUGCCUACAAGGAUUUCAACUUACUCAUUCAUUAGGUGGUGGUACAGGAUCUGGAAUGGGAACCUUAUUAAUAUCAAAGAUCAGGGAAGAAUAUCCAGAUAGAAUUAUGAAUACAUUCAGUGUUGUCCCAUCACCAAAAGUAUCUGAUACUGUUGUGGAACCAUACAAUGCUACCCUUUCAGUGCAUCAAUUGGUUGAAAACACUGAUGAAACUUUCUGCAUUGAUAAUGAAGCUCUCUAUGAUAUUUGCUUUAGAACCCUCAAAUUGACUACACCUACUUAUGGAGAUCUUAAUCAUUUAGUAUCGGCUACUAUGUCAGGUGUGACCACUUGUCUACGCUUCCCUGGACAACUUAAUGCAGAUCUAAGAAAAUUAGCUGUAAAUAUGGUUCCAUUUCCACGUCUCCAUUUCUUCAUGCCUGGAUUUGCCCCUCUUACAUCCCGUGGCAGUCAACAAUACAGAGCUUUAACUGUUCCAGAACUUACUCAACAAAUGUUUGAUGCUAAGAAUAUGAUGGCAGCCUGUGAUCCUAGACAUGGUAGAUAUUUAACUGUAGCUGCUAUGUUCAGAGGACGCAUGUCAAUGAAGGAAGUUGAUGAACAGAUGCUUAAUAUACAAAACAAAAAUUCUAGCUACUUUGUUGAAUGGAUACCAAAUAAUGUCAAAACUGCAGUUUGUGAUAUUCCUCCUAGAGGUCUAAAAAUGGCUGCUACAUUUGUGGGUAAUAGCACUGCCAUUCAAGAACUAUUUAAACGCAUUUCAGAACAAUUUACUGCUAUGUUCAGAAGAAAAGCUUUCUUGCAUUGGUACACAGGGGAAGGUAUGGAUGAAAUGGAAUUUACUGAAGCUGAAUCUAAUAUGAAUGACUUAGUUGCAGAAUACCAACAAUACCAAGAUGCCACAAUAGAAGAGGAUGCUGAAGAAGAAGAAGAGGAGGAGGAUGAAGUUGAACAAGCCUAAAUAAUUUGCCAAUGCAUGCAUAUCUCAAAUUACUCAUUUGCUACUAAUAUAUACAUUUUUCUGAACUUUAUAGCCUUAACUCAAUAUAUUUUAUUAUUGUAUUUAUGAACAUAUUUUGUAUUGUAGUUAUUUUUUACAGUCUAAAAUAUCUUUUAAAGACCAACUUUAUUUUAAAUGAUUGUAUUGUAAACAAUGUAAAAUUUUAAUAAAGAUUUUUUAUACAAAUAAAA